AUGGCCCCUUCUUAUGUGCCCAAGGACUCGCAGAAGUGUGCGACAGAGUUGCCUCUGACAGUCUGCACAGAGGACAAUCUCUUUGCUGUGGACAUGACAAAGAGCAAAGCUGAAGAGCCUCCAAGCGCCGGCAGCAAUUUCCAAGCCUGCCUACAGAUGAUGCAUUCUUACAAAACUCGAGAGAGUGCACACACUCACACAGAAAACUGUUCAGAGGCACAGAGAGGGUUUCCCAGCCCAGAGAUCUCCAAUGGCACGCAGGAUGCCCCACGCUUUGGAAUUCCUGACAGUGAGCGGCUGCUUCCUGGCUAUGGCACAGCCAGAGGGGAGUUGCCUGGGUCUAAAUGCAGGGACUCCUCGUCAGCAUUCUCCUCCUCUACAGUCAGAGCGUCAAAUGGGUUUGAAGAUGAAAAGGCAACGUUCUUCACAAGCUCUGUUUCUGUUUGGGCUUUUCUUUGCCAGGUUGAUUUGGAUUAUACCAUUACAACAGAGGAUCAAAUUUAUCUCCUCCUGGAGGCCAGAGUUCAGUGUGAGCGAAACAUCACCUCACAGCUCAGAGAAGAAAGAGAAAGCCACUGCUUUCCAGAAUGGGAUGGCCUCAUCUGUUGGCCCAGGGGGUCAGCAGGAGAAAUAUUGGCUGUACCUUGUCCUCCUUACAUAUAUGACUUCAAUCACAAAGGAAUGGCCCUGAGACACUGUAGCUCAAAUGGAACAUGGGUCUUUGUGCAAAGUUUAAACCGGACGUGGUCUAAUUACUCUGAAUGCCUUCGUUUCCUACAAGCAGAAAUCCAUCCAGGAAAGAGGGAGUUUUUUGAACGCCUCUAUAUUAUGUACACAGUCGGAUACUCCAUCUCCUUCAGCUCUCUGGCAGUGGCUAUUUUCAUUAUUGGCUACUUCAGGAGGCUUCACUGCACCCGUAACUACAUCCAUUUGCAUCUGUUUGUCUCUUUUAUGCUGCGAGCUACCAGUAUCUUCAUCAAAGAUAAAGUAGUCCAUGCUCAGAUUGGAAUCAAAGAGCUUGACUCACGGCUAAUGGGAGACCUGAGGAGCAUUAUAGUGGCCCCUGUCUUAGACAAGUCCCAGUACGUGGGCUGCAAGAUUACUGUGGUGAUGUUUAUUUACUUCUUGGCGACCAACUACUAUUGGAUCCUGGUUGAAGGCCUCUAUCUGCACAGCUUAAUCUUCGUGGCAUUCUUUUCGGACACCAAGUACCUGUGGGGAUUUAUCUUAGUAGGCUGGGGAUUUCCAGCAGUAUUUGUAGUGGCUUGGGCAGUGGCACGAGCAAUGGUGGCAGAUUCAAGGUGCUGGGAGCUCAGUGCUGGAGACAUCAAAUGGAUUUACCAAGCUCCAAUUUUAGCUGCUAUUGGAUUAAAUUUUAUUUUGUUCCUGAAUACUGUUCGGGUUCUGGCUACAAAAAUCUGGGAGACCAAUGCUGUGGGCUAUGACGCAAGGAAACAGUACAGAAAACUAGCAAAAUCUACUUUGGUCCUGAUCCUCGUCUUCGGAGUGCAUUACAUCAUCUUUGUGUGCCUGCCUCACACUUUCACUGGGUUAGGCUGGGAGAUCCGAAUGCACUGCGAACUCUUCUUCAACUCCUUCCAGGGUUUCUUCGUUUCCAUCAUCUACUGCUACUGCAAUGGAGAGGUGCAGACUGAGAUUAAGAAGAUAUGGGCCAGAUGGAACCCAACCAUCGACUGGAAGAGGUCAGCCCCCUGUGGGAGUUAUCGCUAUGGCUCUGUCCUCACCAACAUGACCCACAGCACCAGCAGUCAGUCUCACAUGGUGGCAAGUUCUCGCAUGAUCCUGCUAUCCCACAGGGCUUGCAAAAAUAUGGUCCCACAAAAUGACCCCCAUGUGAAUUUGCCUGGAUAUGUCAGCAGCAACUUUGAACAGGACUGCAUGCCUCACUGGGUUCAGGACCUACCUGAUGAAGGUGAAGAGAAGCGGGUGGAGGGUAUUUCUCUCAAGGAGACUCUUCGGCUCCAUGAUGCUCACAUGGGCCCCCUGGAGGAAGAGGAGGAAUGCAGCAGGGCGGAGGUAGAGGAAGUGCUUUAA